UCUAUCACUCCGUCUCUCCCUUCCACACUCCCUCCAUUCUCCCGCCCUCACCCGCUCCCUUUCUUCCACCCUCUCUUUCUGGGGCUGCCCCGUUCCCGGGGUCCUGGCACCUCUGCCAGGCUGAGUCUCUCCCCAGUCACCCCCUUCUCUCCGCCGCCCGGCCUGUCGCGGGGACCCUCGCCCCCCCUUCCCCUCCGUCCCCCCCUUUCCGCUCGGUGCCCCCCCCGCCCACCCCGGGGUCACGCUGGCCGCGUGCUGGUUGCUGAAGCGGCAGCGAUGGGGACCAGCCGGGGGGUCCCUCGCCCCCUGCCUGCCCGGGCCCCCCUACGCCCAUGAGAUGGGAGCCAAGCAGAGCCCCCCCGAAGCCACCGUCCUGCCCGUGCCGGGGGCGCCGGGCGAGAACCUGCGGCGGCUGCAGCGGCGCAAGGGGCUGCUGAAGGCCGAGGGGCAGCUGGCGGGCUGGGGCCUGGCCCUGGCGCUCGGGGGGAUCCUGCUCAUGGUGCUGCACACGGAGCUGGCCUGGUUUGGGGGCUGCAAGUGGUUUGCGUAUCUGUUCCUGGUGAAAUGCCUCCUCUCGCUCUCCACCGCCGCCCUGCUGGCCCUCAUCCUCACCUUCCACGUCAAGGAGAUCCAGCUCUUCAUGCUGGACAACUCGCUGCAGGACUGGCGCAUCGCGGUGAGCGGCCCCAAGCUGGGCCUGGUCGUGCUGGAGCUGCUGGUCUGCUCCCUGCACCCCUUCCCCACGGGGGGCUCCCCGUGCCUGGCCCCCGAGCCGGGCCCCCGGGCCUCCUUCCUGCCGGGGGCCGAGACGCCGCUGUCGCUGCUGAUGUUCCUGCGGCUCUACCUGGUGCCGCGGGCCGCGCUGCUGCAGAGCCGGGUGCUGGGGGACGCCUCGUACCGCACCAUCGGCUCCCUCAACCAGAUCCGCUUCCAGUACCCGUUCGUCCUGCGCCUGCUGGUCAACCGCCAGCCCGGCCGGGUGCUGCUGGUGCUCACCCUGGGGCUCUGGCUCACCGCCUCCUGGGUGCUGGCCGUCUGCGAGAGGGAGAACGGAGCAGGGCACCUGGAGGGGACGCUGUGGGUCAUCCCCAUCACCUUCCUUACCAUCGGCUACGGGGACGUGGUGCCAGUGACGGUGUGCGGCCGGCUGGUCUGCCUGUGCACCGGCAUCAUGGGCGUUGGCUGCACGGCGCUGCUGGUGGCAGUGGCAGCUGAUAAAAUGGAGUUCAGCCGGGCGGAGAAACACGUUUACAACUUCAUGUUGGACAUACAGUGCACCAAAGAGAUGAAGAACUCGGCAGCCAACGUCCUGCAGGCGGCUUGGCUCUUCCACAGACACAGCAAGGCCAGGGCCGGGCGCCGGGCCCGGACGCACCACAGGCGCUUGCUGGCGGCCAUCCACAGGUUCCGGGAGGUCCGGAUCCGGCACCGGAAGCUCCGGGACCAGGUUAACACCCUGGUGGACAUGUCGACGGUGCAGACGAUUCUCUGCGACCUCAGCACCGGGCUCGGCACCUCCCAGCGGGGCCUGGAGAAGCGAAUCGACGACCUGGGCCAGAAGCUGGACGCGCUGACGCGGCUGGUGACGGCCGCCCUGGAGGCCAAACAACCGCAGGAGCCGUGGCUGCUACAGCCCCAGGACAGCCAGACAGGCCGGUGAGGAGGAGUUGACCCGGCGCUGGAGCCCAGACCCUGGUCCGGGGGGCGCCUGCCCCAUAGCGGCCUGCAGGGACUCAGCCCCCUGCACCCUGACUGGGACUGAAGGAGACGCCACUUGGGGGGCUGGGAAUGGGUGGACAACAGCGCUCCCUGGUGGCCUCAGGCCGGAACCGCAGGCUGCCUGUGCUCACCCCAGCUCCAAAGUGCAAGAGGGUUACACCCCCAAAGGGGGGCUGAUUAGAUCACGGCCGCCGUGGGGUGAAACAGGGAGGGCACCCGCCUUCCUCGAGGGGAUCCCCACUGGGGAGCGAUCCAUGCAUUUGCGGCAGGACACCCCCCAGCUGUGAGCAGGCGUGCAAAGACCCACACUGCAGAUGGAAGGCACGUGCUUCGCACCAGUAGAUUUGUGAUUGUGAACAGGCACGUGAGGGAUCCACGAUGUGAGCCAGGGAAGGCACACGCUUUGCACGAGGGGAUCUCUGAGUGCGAGCAGCCCUGCGUGGGACUGAGGGUCUGAGACAGCUAGUGUGUGCUCUGCACAAGCGGUGCUGUGAUGGGGAGCAGGCGUGCGAGGGAUCCAGGAUGUCAGGGAGGGAAGACAUAAGCUUUGCACAAGGGGCUCUGGGCUUGUGAAGGCUCCAGGGCGUGAGACACAGCAGGCCCAUGCUGUGCACAAGGGCGAGUGGUGAAUGUGAGCCAUUGUGCCAAAGAGCCAGGCUGUGAAACACGGCCAGCUUGCACUUUGCACCAGGGGCAGCGUGACUGUGAAUGGGAUGCCAGCUGUGAAACACGGCAGACGCAUGCUUUGCACCAGGGGCUCUGGCAUGCGAGGGACCCAGUGUGCGAGACUUGGAAAGCACCUGCUUUGCAAAAGGGGCUCUGGGAUUGUGAGCAGCCGUGCGAGCCCCUAGAAACGUGAAAUACAGAGCACAGGUGGCGGCUCAGUGUGCAAGAGCAGUUCCCCUCUUUAGCCAAGGCUGUGCACGCUCACACCCCUCGCUCAGGAAGCAGGCCAUGGAGGGCACGAUCCUCACCCAGAGCAAAUGGCCCUGUGUACAGCACCAGGCGCGCCCAAGGCCGGUUCUUGUCGCUGCCCAGCCUAGAGCACCAGGAAAUAGCCAGGGCUGGAACGGCCCCUUGAGCGUGGGGUUUAACGCAGGGGACGCCGGUGCCUUGCACGUUUCAGCCAAGAGACAAACCUGAGGCCUUGGCCCCUGUGGGCACUAGGGCCCUCCUGGUUCCCCCUCCUGCCCCCGACUCAGGACAUGAACCCAGGCGUCCUGGCCAAAGCCCAGCUCCCGAUUCCCUUCUGCUUCCCUAAACUGCCCACUGCUGUGUCAGUUCUCGCUCACGCGCUGUCCUAACCCCCCGGAGGUGGCUGCAUCUCAGCACGGAGGGGUCCCUGUGUAAACGGUCCCUGUGCUCCACCCCAGAGGUGGCCGCAUCUCGGCGCCAGGCAAGCGGUGCCUGUCUAGCCAUUUGGGCUUAGAGUCAAGGACAUCUCAGGCAAAAAUAGG